AAAUGGGGCUCAAUUGGUGAGCAAAGUGCGAUGAAAGUGCCUGAGAGACUCACUCACACAGACAGAUCGCGCUUCGAGAGCGCAGAGCGGCACUGAGACGCGCUCCGGUCAGUCGUGUCCGGACGGUCGCGUAGUGUGGGUGAGUGUGCCCGGACGGCAAUGGCUGAGAUUGUGACCCCCACGGCCGCCGGGCCGCCGCAGGCCAGGAAAUCCACCCCCGAUCUCACCGACGAGGACGAGCUGGACACCUCCAUGCACUCGCAGGUUCUUCGGCGCAUUAAGACGGACAGAGUGACGAUGACACGGCCAGAGGAGGAUCGGAGACGUCGCACAAUCAUCGUGGAGAAGAAGAAUGGCUCCUACGGCUUCACCAUUCAGAGCUACGGAAUCCACUACAAGAAGGAGCAGGAGGUGGAAAUGAUCACAUACGUGGACUAUGUGGAGUACGAUGGUCCAGCCUAUCGAGCGGGCAUGCGUGAGGGCGACGUGAUCCUCUCGAUCAACGGCACGGACAUGGAGAAGGCUGAUCACAAGACUCUCGUGACAUUCAUCAAGGAGUGCGACACGCGGAUGCGAAUGGUGGUGCUGUUCGAGGACUGCGUGCGCAAAGUGGAGCUCCACAUGCGCUACUUACAGCUCCAGAACGUGCUGCAGGCCAAGAUGAGUGAACUGGAGCGCGUGUGUCUGCGCGAGAGGGAACUCCUCGAAGGGAAGUGGAAGACGCACAGCUUACCGGCGCGCAAGAAGACGCCGGCGAAGGGAGAGGAGGCCACUGCAGAUGUGGCGGACGCUCUGGGAAAUCGUCCCAUCUCCACUGAGGACGUGGGCGCUCUGGCGAAGCAACAGCAGCAGCAGAAGAGUCAGUGUAUGGCGCCACCGCCCACACAAAUGAUGCUCGCCUAUCGCUACCUCGAUCCCCACUGUCGCUACAUCUUGCGACCCUCAGCCUCCACAGGCAGCGGAGAGUAUCUCAUCAGCAUCGCACCGGCAGGACCGCCGCCACAGCACCAGCAGCGCUGCAAGAGCCAGCAGUACUUGCGACGAGUGCCCUCGUCGGACAACACCACAGCUUCUUCCCUGCCCGAGGACAAGACGCCGAAGCGCACUCAAGCGCAGGAGCAGCACAAGUCCAAAUCGGGCCGACACUGUCACGGGCACUCCUGCAAUCCAUGCCACUUUGGCAAGAGCAAAACCAACAAUGGGGACAACGUGAGCCUGGAUGCAUACGACCUGGCCAGUCCCUGUUGUGAGGCCCAGUGCGUGCCCGCGAGGCGCAGAUCUCGCCACCACAGCAAAGAUCAUCAUCAGCACAAGCAUAAGCAUCGUAGCAAAGAGUCCAAGGAGCGCCAUCGUGCUGUCCAGGUGUCUCAGCCACCGGCGCCGCCGCCACAGUUCGCCAAUCAUCAACCCAGAUACUACGAUCUCAGCGCCGGGCUGGCCAGUCACUGCAGCCUGCACUCCUGCACGUCCAGCGAAUUCGCGGCAACAACCGUCGAGGAAUCUGUGAUGUCGUACACGACAUCACUGAGCACGGACACCCUCUGGGAUCCGCACAGUGACACUUCACGCACGCAUUCCGUCAAAUCCUCCGCCAAUCCACGAGCACGCACCAGUGUGUCCUACUACGUCCCACCACCCGCUGCCCAGGGCUUCCCGACGCGCUUCUAUCCCCAUGCCGCGCAAAUCCAGCCAGUAUCGAGCUAUGGAUACGCCGUGCACAAGCCCAAGUCCUGGGACAAUCUCACAACGAAGGCGAUCGGCGGGUAUGCCUUCGGCUAUGGCUACCUGGACACCGUGGCGCCCAAGGCCGUGGCGCACCAAGCGCCCCAGAGGCACUCGAUGCCGCGCAAGAUGACGCCCGCUUACGAGCGGUACACAGCGUUCUCCGACGUGGAGAACUACGCGCCGCCGCCGUCCCAGUUCGUGCAGCAAACCACCACCACAACCACCACCAUCAGCCUCGUGGGGCCGCCUAUGUGCGAGUGCCUCGAGGGCGCCGCGGUGCCCAAGACGGCCACAGUCCAGAGCAAACCGGGCGUUCCUGCCGGCUACUAUUCCAGCCUCCCGCCACGAGCCCACGAUCCCGCCACGGUGGCCGAGAUCACGAGGCUCUAGUGCUGAGGAUCUAGUCAAGACUCGAGCAUUCCUGCACUCUCGCCCGCAGUGUUUUUUUUCUAGAUAAUUUGCCUAUAGUAGUUAAAGGUGUAAGCGCAAUUUAUUACAUAAUUAAAUGUCUUUAGGAAACAA